GAAGAGAGACCUAGCUUGAAUGUGGACUUCCUUCACUCUGGUUGUUGGAUUUGGGCACAAACAUAAAGGAAUGGAUCUGAUGAGAUGAAGAGAAUUGAUGGAUAUAUGCAAACAUGGCAGACGUACAUGUAUUUAUUUUGUUUUAUGUUGGACUUGGGGUUUUACACCAGGGUUUGGGUUUAAUAUCAGACUACAAAGUAUGUGGAGACCCAGAUUGUGCAAGUAUGAUGAGUCGUGUGCAGGCCCAGAGAGACUAUAGUGCUCAAGACUGCCGGUUUCUGAACUUCAGAAAAGGGGACAUAAUAACAGUUUACUACAAACUUUCGGGAAAAAGAAGUGAUCUUUGGGCAGGAAGUAUCGACAAACUGUUUGGUUUGUUCCCCAAAGAUGCUGUCAAAGUUGAACAACGUUUUGUUGAUGAGAAAAAGGAAAUCCAGGUGACCACCCAGGAAUUCGACUUCCUUUGCAUUGAUGAAAAUGGGUCAGUCAUUGACAGCAAAUCUGAGUUUGAUGAUCUGGAAGAUGUGACUCAAGAACCUCCUAAAGCAAUACUCAAUGGAGCUCAUGAUGAACUUAUUCAUACAGAAGAACGUGACUCUGGCCAGAUAUCUGUUCAAGAUGUCUCUGACCAAAACAACCCCAAGACAACAGAACAAGGUGGGUCUUCCUGGAUAGGCUCUGCUGUUAAUGGAUUGUUUGGCAGGAAUGAACAAAGCAAGGUGGAUGAACCACAGGAUGACAGCAGCGACCAGGAACCCUUCAAAAGCAGAAGAAUAGCAAUGGAUAUCGAGGAGAACCACAUAGAUGAGAAGACAAAGCCUGGAACGUUCAGUUGGAUCAGGGGUGGAUUGACCAAUGCCUUUGGAGACAAGGAUUCCAAGGUCGAUACUACGGACAACACUGAAAAACAGAACGACGAGAAGGAACCUUCAUCCCAGCCGUCUAGCUCCUGGUUCAGUAUGGGUAUGGGUGUUCUGGGCUUUGGUAAGGACGAUCCAAGCAAACCUGAAGCUGAAAUCAUACAUGACAACCAGAGCAACCCUGAUCAAUCUGUGGAUUCGGUUGAAAACAUACAAAAAGAUGAAACCAACCCAGAUCACAGUGUGGAGAAUGAGGAUCGUAGCUUGGAAGAUGGUAAAACAGAAGAGAAAGCACAGACAGGGUGGUAUGUCUACAAUGGAAUUACAAACAUUUACAGUAAAGAGAAAUCUGAAGGUGAUGAGGAUAAAGACAGUGUGUCAGAGGAAGAAAUUUAUAAAUUUACUCAAAACACAGAGGACAACAGGAACAAAGACUCAAGCUCACAGUCCAUAUUUUCAGUCAGUGGCUUUUCAUCUGUGCUUGAUAACAUUAAGAUUCCAUUUCAGUCAGACGCAGUAGUAAAGAGUGAUGUGGAACGUGAUAAUGAACAAACAACAAAGGAUGAAGAUAGAGGUAAGAAAGAACUAGAUGAGAAAACAGACAUAUCUGAUCUUAAUGUUGAUGUAAUUAGUCAAAUCCAGUCAGAUGAAUCAUUAACAUUAGAAGACACCAAUGCAUCUGAUGCUAUUGAGGAAAUAGUUGAUCAUUCACAAGAUUCUAGCACCCAAAACGAUGACACACAAGACAGAACAGUUUCAGAAACCUCUGAAACAAAACCAACAGAUAAUUUAAUCAAAGAUGUCAUUCAAACUGAAAACAACGCUGACCGUUUAGAUAGAGAGAUGGAGCAAAAUCAACAGGGACAGUUGCAAAGUGAGGAGGAAAAGACAACAAAACAGGUAGAUGCAGGAGAGAAAUACUUUUUGGAACACAAUACAUUCCCAACGGAUUUAAUUAGUGAAACCCAAGAGCUGUCUUAUGACAGAAUGACAUUACAAGACAUCAGAAAAGUGAACGACACCUCUCAGGAUGAUGAUACACAAGAGAGUAAAGAUUCUGAAGUCUUUAAAACAAAGUCAGAAGAUAAUUCAGUUGAAGAUGUUCUUCAAAGCAAAAAUUAUUUAACGGAUUCAAAUGCAGACAUUUUAAAGGAUGAGUUAAAACAAAGGCUCUUUGAAGGAGAAAAUGAUUCAGAAACUAUAAAGCGACAAGAAAAUAAUAAUGAGGUCAUUUCUACCAUUUCCAAUAGCACAAACCCUCAAGUUAGCUCUGACUUGGAUGAUUUUCACGCAACUGAAACUGAUUUAGACGAAGAAAAACAAUUAUCGGGUUUUGAAGAUUCAGACACUAAAUCCAAUAUUGAGACUAUCACAAUAAGUCAAAACAAGCAUAUAGAUUCUAAAACAAUUAUGGACACAUUAUCUGGGCAUAGUGAUGAUCACACUUUAGCUGUCGAGGACACAGGCGCAGAGAUAAAGGAUGAUAGUAUAGGCAAACUUGAUGUUACAGAAAUAAAUGAGACACGAUCAAAAGAUGAAGAUAUCGAGAAGAAUGAUGAAAUGUUACCAGAUUCAGGAACACUUGAAACAGAAAUAAGAAAUGAAAAUAAGUCAAGCACAAGCAUAGUUUCUCUUGAUGUAAGUGAAAAUAGAUAUGCUCUGGUUCACAAUCAUAAACUAGAAACUGAAUUGCCUGCAACGAGAGAAGAAAAUAUACACUCAGAUAUUGAACCUGAAUCACAUUCGGCUCAAACAAUAGAUGAAAAAAUGGAAAACACGAAUGAACCACUCAGCGACUUAAUUGAGACAGAUAAGGCAAAUAUUGAUAUUAGAGAUAAUAUUUUAACAGAUGAAAGUCAAACAAAUUCAGAAGGUGGACAUCAAGACCAGGUCACGGAAGAACUAAAUGCCAGUACAGUUUCUGAAUCUACAGAGAAUGAUCUCGAAACAAAAGAAGUAAACACACGUUUAGAUUAUAAAGCUUUGAAUUCUGAUGUCUCCAAGCCUGAUGUUACAGAAAUAAAUGAGACACGAUCAGAAGAUGAAGAUAUGGCGAAGAAUGAUGAAAUGUUAUCAGAUUCAGAAACGCUUGAAACAGAAAUAAGAAAUGAAAAUAAGUCAAGCACAAGCAUAGUUUCUCUUGAUGAAAGUGAAAAUAGAUAUGCUCUGGUUCACAAUCAUAAACUAGAAACUGAAUUGCCUGCAACGAGAGAAGAAAAUAUACACUCAGAUAUUGAACCUGUAUCACAUUCGGCUCAAACAAUAGAUGAAAAAAUGGAAAACACGACUGAUCUCGAAACAAAAGAAGUAAACACAGGUUUAGAUUAUAAAGCUUUGAAUCCUGAUGUCUCCAAGCAGAAUGACAACACACAAAUGAAGAAUGAAUAUUUGUCACAGGAAGCAUCUACAAAGGGUGAACCCGAUGGUGAAUUAUCUCUCACUGAUUUAAAUGAUGUUAGAGAUAACCUUCAGAAUGAAGCAGAUGCAAACAUUAAAGAUGUAGGCACAGAGGACCCCGCUUCCCAUAUCUCUUCUAUAGAAGCGGAAUUAACCAAAGAUUUAUUUGCACAAAAUGACCCAAAGUCACUUCAAGGUGCUGAACAAAAAGAAGAUACAGAGAUUGAUCUUGCAAAUCAUAUGGAUCAUCAAACGGAAGCUGAAAGUGUCACAGGUGCGACCCAGGAUCAGACUGAUGCUGACAUGACCCUGUACCUGGAAGCUGUUGAGGAAUCUCAACCUGGACCCUUUCAUAUUCACACUUUGGUUUCUUCCGCAGAGAUUAAACCGUCACAAAAACUCUCUGAAGAAUAUCCUAAACUAUAUUCACACCUGAGUGAACACAAUAUUAAAGAUAUUUUAGAUAUAUUCGGAGAACACAAGUUAGCAUGGCUGGAUUCCAAAAUUGGAAGCUUUUCAAAUUUGGAUACUGGUCGAGAUAAUGAAGAUCUUGCUGAACUCAAUGACCUAGAACGGCUCUUGGAAAACCAUAUAAAGACAAGAAGACACAUUCAAAACAAUAAUGGUUUUCCUGACAUGGAUAGCAAUAAUGAAUAUCCAGAAUUACAACAAUUGGCUUUCCUCUUAUCCACUGUAAGAGAGACCUAUACACCAGGGAACACAAACAUGAAAGUAGAUGGAAGCCCAGGAAGCAGCCAAGAAAAGUGUUCUCGUGGAGCCUGUCUCAGUCUAAAUGAGAAUACACAAAUCUUCCCUCAAGAGGCUGAAAAUAAUCAAAUGACUGAGGGAUCUGACAUCAAGGAUAUCAGACAUUCCAUGGAGGUGUCCGUCCCCGAGGAGAAGGAUCUUUUCAAGAAUAUUAUUAAUGAAGGACUUCAUGUGGAAGAUUUUCAGGCUUUUGAUCAGGACGUGGGAAUGCAUAAGGAUUCAACAGAUUUUGAAAUCAAGAAAACUUCUUUCCAGCUUAACCAUGGGCUUUUCUCUGAGGAACACGAUAAACCUGAAGCAUUACAAAAUGCUGUAGAGCAAUUUUAUCAGCUCGCUGUUUUUGUUGGCGGAGUUACAAUGAAUGGACUUGCAUCUGUAGUACACAAGGUUGUUUCAUCACUUCCUGAUGACAUACGUCCUGGUCCUGACUUAUAUGGACUUCCUUGGGAAGCUGUGGUCUUUACAGUCUUUUUCGGUUUAUGCACACUGCUUAUGUUCAGCUGCAGGUUUAUCCACUCUAUCAAAAGCAGACUUUAUGCAAGCAAAGAGAAACAGAUGGCUCAGAAAGUUGCAGAACUGUUGGAUGAAAAGUGCAAAGUGCUGGAGACGUUCAGUGAGGUCAAACAAAAGUAUGAUAAACUGGAUUCAACACUUCAAAACAGUGGCAUAUCUGCUCAAACUGCAGAGAAUGAAAGUUUAGAGUUGGCAUCGCAGAAGCUUGAGCAAUCAAACACCCAGAUGAAAAAAGAAAUUGAACGGCUACAGGAGGAGCUGUCCCAUCAAAACAAAGCAAGGAAACAGCAAGAGGAUCAGCUUGCUGAGCUCGAGCAGAUUUUAGGGAAUUUGGAAGAAGAAGCUAAACAACGAAAGUCACAGUUGGAACAGGACAACACGACUCUGAAGAUUCACGAGAUCAACACGGAGCGACUGCAGAAGAACCUGCAGGCAUCUAAAGAAGAGCAUGAAAUGCUGCUUGAGAGUAAAGCCCAGCUGGUGUUGGAGGCUGAGGUGUGGAAUGAACGUCUUGGUGAGUUAGAGGAGGAGAUGAAGCUGUGUGAAAGAUCUCACGCUGGCAUGAUGGAGGACUGUGCUAACAAAGACGAACGCAUCAAGUCUCUGACAGAAUGCCUUCUGAAGAUGAAAGACUGGAAUUCUGAAGAAGACACCAUUGAUGGCAGCAACAAUAAAGCCGGAACUGAGAAUGGCAACAGUUCAGAUUUCCACAAGAAGCAGAAAGUACAGAAACUUAUUGAAGCAGCCAAGAUGAGUGCAGACUUGAAGUCCAUGGAGGAAGAUAAGAACAGAGUGUUUGCCAAACUCGCAGACGAGGUGAAAGCCAAAGAAGAUCUUCAAGGGGGUAUCAAGGAAUUUGAGGAGGAUAAAGAGGUUAUGGAGUCGGAAAGUGCCAAAUACUCCAGCGAAAUCCAGAAACUCCAGCAGAAACUGCAGAUCAUGACCGAGAUGUACCAGGAGAAUGAACUCAAACUUCACAGAAUGUUAACGGUGGAGGAAAAGGAACGCUUACAGAAAGAAGAGAAGCUCAACAAAGCAGGCAAAAAGAUCAGUCUCGCUGCCGAGGAGCUCAACACGUACAGACAAAGAGCCAAAGACCUGGAAGAGGAGCUGGAUAGGACUUCACAAGCUUACAAGAAUCAGGUUGCUUCUCAUGAGAAACGGGCUCAUGAUAACUGGCUGGCAGCAAGAGCGGCAGAUCGCGAUCUUGCAGAUGUCAAAAGAGAAAACUCUAAUCUCCGCCAGAAGCUGACAGAUUCCCAGUUUAAGCUGGAGAUUCUUGAAAAGGAUCCGUAUGUACGAGAGGGCAGACCUUUACUUCGAGGUGAGAGAUCUCCCUAUGGGCCCUCUCCUCUUGGCCGACCAUCCUCAGAAACGCGGCCUUUUCUUUCUCCACCUACACUGAUGGACGGCCCCCCUCGACUCUCACCACAGUUUAUAAUGGGCCCUGGUGCUAGAGCAUCCCGUGGCGUGGUAGAGCCCCCUAUUGGUGGGCCAGACUUUGAGCGGAGUGGCCCUCGCUCCGAUAGUGGCUCACUGUCACCCUCCUGGGACAGGGAACGCAGGGGCCCUUCUGGCCCUCCAGGUCACCCUCUCGCAGACCCAGGUUUGCCUUAUAGGAGGCCCCCUCCAGGGCCGUACCCGAUGGGCCCUUUACCUCCUAGACCACCACAUCCUGAUUCAGGAUACUUUGGUGACAAAUCAAUCAGUGGGAAUGAAAACAGAGACGGUCCACACUCAAUGCCUGGUGACAUGAGAAUGCACCCUGAUCCAGAUUCGAGAAUGGGACCUCAUCCCGGUCCCCCAUUAAUGAGAAUGCCUCCACCAAUGGACCCCAGAGAUCCACACAUCCGACUCAGGGGCCCUUAUGGACCACCAGACUUCUUUCCACCCCGUGGACCUGGUGGUCCACCCAUAGGCAUGCGAGGGCCACUCCCCCCUGGGGUGUUUCCCAGAGCUCCGCUGCCAUUCCCUCAACGUAUGGGAUAUCUACCACAAAGACCCCCAUCUGACAAUUUUCCCUCUGGACCACCUCCCAGGCCUUCCCCACCAGGAAGCGAGCAGCCCCAUCAACAGUCGCCUUCACCUCACGAUGUCAUCUGAUCUGUGCGAGUUGCUUUUCCUCUCCAGCAUACCGUUUGUGACUUCCUGUUGUUGUUGUACUCAGGGGGUGUUUCCUUAGACAUUUAACCGCCGUAGCAAUGUGGUUAUGUCCUGUCUGAGUGUGAACUUGAGUGCAAAGCCGAGUAAAGGAUACGGCACAUGCUACUGGUUAUUUUAUGAAGAGGAAUCAUUUGUUAGCCUGAUCUCUGUAUUUGAGGUACAGUGUGAGAGUGUGCGACCUUGUGUAUUAUGUAAAUCUGUAUGUUUGAAAAGUCAACCGGACUACUUUUAACAGGAUUAUAAAUGCUCAGGAUUGUAACGGUUUUUAAAUGGAAGGUAGUUGAUGCAAGGUCCUCAUAUUUGUCAAACUGUAUAUAGAACUUGUAACGAGUAUGUAUUGUAUAUAGGAUUUUGAUUGACACCACUCGCUUGAGAAAAGUCCAGAGAACCGUCCAUGUAGUUAAUGGUAUUUAUAGUUUCCUUUAACAAGUUAUGCCUUAAAGGUGGUCUGGUGAAAUAAACUUGUGUACAUUAAAUAUGUAAUUGAAUAAAAACA